AUGAUUGGAUCCCAAACAUUGCCCAUAAUAUGCGUGGUAGUGAUCAUUCUCGCAAUCCUACCUUCCAGUCUGGGUCUAUUACCAAGGGUACAUAACGGCCAAAUAAACCUGCUUCGUGACAGAAUCAAUCAGGACAAAUCCAAACGAAGCGCUGGAUCGCACUGUGAGGAUGUUGGAGCAGCGGAAGAGUGUGCUUGGUGGAACGAACAAGGAUACUGUGCAGACGACUCGGACUUCCAUGCCGCUAUGAUUGAACAGUGUGCUAAAACUUGUGGCUGUGAAAAAUUAGAAGAAAAAGAGGCUGAAGAGGUUUUGGUGGUCAUGAAGAGAGGCUGUGAAAAUAAGGGGUCACCAGAGGAUUGUGAAUUCUGGAAGGGUGAGGGAUACUGCGCAGACGACUCUGAGUUCCAUGAUGCCAUCAUGGAGCAGUGUCCUUGCAGUUGUGAAGGAGAAGAAGUUGCCGAGGAGGUUGCUGAAGAAGUUUUGGUGAUGAAGAGAGGCUGUGAAAACACGGGGUCACCAGAGGACUGUGAGUGGUGGGAGAGCGAGGGAUAUUGUGCAGACGACUCUGAAUUCCAUGAUGCCAUGAUGACACAGUGUCCUUGCAGUUGUGAGGGAAAAGAAGCGGAGGCCGUUUUGAAAGCUAAAAGAUCUGCUGAAGAAGAAGGUCGUAAGUGAAGCACGCGAGAAGUCUAGUGUGAAACAUAUCGGUUAAGUCUCGGGAAUUUUGCUUAAAUGGACUAAGCAUGAAAGAUUCUGGAAUCAACUUGUUCCGGCACAUUUUAAGUUUUUCGGAUAUUAUUUGAUCAGCAUUUAACAACGGACAGCAGUACUUUGUGAAGGUGCUAGAUUUGACUUUGAAUGGAUCUUUCUAACAGUUUCGCCUUUUUUUCCUAGAUUUUACAGUUUUAUGAAAGUAUGGUAUUCUAGCAGGAUUGUUUCGAUUGUAUGUAAUUUAUUCCUCGGCGAGGGGCUAUGUGUUUGUACUAUCCAAUUAUUGCCAAUAUCUUUUUGCAGCAUUGUUA